GAAAGAGACAAAGAUAGAGAGAAGAAUGACAUGUCUAUUAAGUGUCUACACUGUUUGUAUAUUCGAGUAUUCGAGUAUCAAUGCUAUAUUUGGAUUCCUUAGCCCAUGACCCCCCCCCGUCUUUUCCCCCACUAUAAAUUCUUUCCUCAAGUUAAUUAACAAUCAAAUUGGACCACUAAAAACAAACUCUCUUGACGCUCAAUCCCAUCAAUGGCUACCACCUAUGCUCACUCAAGCCAGUAUGGCUCUUCCCAGAGAUCAUUGGGCAUAGUGAUGGCUCUAGUCUCCGCGGUGGUGUUAUCCCCUUUAUAUGCCAAUUCAAGGAGUGAUAGGAGGCACUAUGAAUCAAAAUGGAGCUCUGGUUUUGUUCUGCCUAUGGUUCUUGCUGGACUCAUAAUUGCCAUCAGAACAACCUCUUCUUCAAGGUCUUCUGUUUCAUCUCCAAGAGCUUCACUUCUUCCAUCUCCAGAACCUUCGUGGGUGCUUAGAAUUGGAAGCUCUUCUUGGGGAUUAGCUAUGGUUUUGGUCAUGCUCAUGCUUGUUCAUAAUUGGAAAGCAUCAGUUCAAGAGUUCUUUUGGAGAUAGAGAGCCAGAGAUGAGUUUGUUCAUCGCUCUGAAUUUGGUUAAUUUUUAUGCAUGUUACAUUAUUGUGUACCAUAUUUUAUGUAUGUAAUAAUGUAUGAGAAACUGAGAUUUAUGAUUACCAAUUUUGAUGUUCU